AUGGGCGAGUCGGACGCGAAUGAGGCAGGAGACGGAGGAAAGCGCGGCCUUGACUCGUUCACUUCGUUCGAGCUGGUCAAGACGCUAAACACCUAUGCAAAGACAUCCAACAAAACCGUCAUUAUCUCCAUCCACCAACCUCGAUCAGAGAUAUACCAUUUACUUUCAGAGAUGGACGGCGGAUUGGUUCUGCUCUCCCAAGGUCGCAUCGUCUACAGCGGGCCAUUGAACCAGGCUCUGUCAUGGUUCGUGUCGAUGGGCGUAGAGCCCUGUCCGAUCGACAUGAACCCUCUCGACUAUAUCAUGGACCACAGCGUCUUAUCCAGUCAGACCAUCCAAGACGCUUCCCGUGUGACACCCUUCCAUCCUCUUCGUAUCAACACCAAGGGUGAAGCAAUCGAUUCCAAAAAAUACCCUGAAUCUCCUGGCUCCACCACCACCAUGUUGGACACGACACUCAGCCGAAUGGAUUCUUUCUCGAGUAAGAAUCUCCUGACCGAUGUACCGAACCAAACUCAGGAUCAGCACCUUCAGCUCUCUGACACCACCCAUAAAGGACAUGAAGGAGUGAGUCUUUGGACUCAGGUGGCGACCUUAUCGCAGCGUCACUGGAUCAACACUAGACGGAACGCACUGUAUUUCUGGGGAACGAUGGCGGUCUACAUCGUCUUUGCUAUUAUGGUCGGAGCCGUCUUUUGGAACCUGGAUGGAAGCUUCGAUGGCAUCCGCGGACGUGCUAGUGUCAUCUACGUGAUUGGCUCCUUUCAGCCUUAUCUGCUGUCCAUCUUGACCGUUUACAAGGGCGUGGCGGAUAUGAAGGUGUAUGAUCGGGAGAGAAAAGAGCGGAUGUACAGUCCUGCAGCAUUCAUCAUCAGCUACUCGUUGUGCCAAAUUCCUGUCAAUGUUGUGGCAGCUGUUGUUCACACGAUCAUUAUCUACUACAUGACUGGACUUCGCACGGAUGGGGUGUACUGGGUGGGAUGGUUUCUCGUCACCAGCAUUCUUCUUCAAUGCUCCAUUUCGGCCAUGGCGAUACUUGCCAUUGCUUUCGAGCGGGAUUUUGAUCGAGCGGCUCUUAUCAGCGGAUCCUUUUACAUUUGCUCUUCUUUGACCGCCGGGUUUAUUAUUCCUACGAAUCAAAUACCAAGAGGCGUUCGCUGGAUCGAGACCAUCUCCUUCCAUCGCCUCGCCUAUCAAACAUGGACCAGCCUCGAGUUUACAGACAGACGGUUCGCCUGUCCCUUUCAACUCUCUCCAACCUCUGUUACCAACCCUGACUCGCUCGACUUAUGGGAUCCGGUGAGGUGUGUGCCAUGGGAAGGAAACACGAUCCUGGUAGACAUCCUCCAAGUGAAGCCUCAUGCCUACCCAAAUCGACUGGUCUAUUUCGCAGCGCAUUAUUUCGGCUACCUUCUGCUCGCCUGGUUGAUCUUGGUUCUCUUCCCCAAGAAGGAUUCCCUGGCCAGCUCCCGGAAAUCGCCCAUUGAAAAUAUGCUCCUCCCUUUCGCGCGCUUGUUUGUCAGCCGCAAAGGAGUCAAGAAGUCGUUGGGUAAGAGGAGGACUGAGAGGCACAGCUCGGAAAAGAAAGAAUCCUUGGAGGGUGAGUCGGAGAUCCGGGUGGACAUCCCUGGCCAUGAUAGACCGGCACGUGUGUCUGUCACCAUUCGGGUUGUGAACUUGUCGUUGUCUUUGGUCAAGCGUGGUCUCAUUGAGCGGGCUGGGAUUUCUCAGACGUCUGACUCUGACGAGGCGAACAAGGUGCUAUUGGACAAAAUUGACAUUGUCAUUCCACCAGGAAAGCUAACCGCCAUUCUUGGAGGGAAUUAUGCUGCCCAGCUUGGUAUGGGCAAGACCUUGUCGGCAGCCGAGAAACAUGCACGAGUCGAGGAGGUGAUCGAGCUGAUGGGCCUUCAAGACUGCGCCACUGUAAAUAUUGGAAACAGUGAUAAGUCGGGAUGCUCGGGCGGUCAACGAAGACGCGUUUCUAUCGGGAUGCAACUUGUCAACGAGCCUGCGUGUCUGUUUCUUGAUGAGCCCACCAGUGGUCUUGAUGCCUUGACAGCGCUCUCGGUGAUGCAGACGCUGAAAAAGGUUGCAGCAUCGGGUCGAACGGUCGUGUGCACGAUCCACCAACCGCGAGUGGACAUUUGGGAGGAGUUGGAUGAUGUUCUUUUGCUUGUGCGUGGUGGAAGGCUGGCGUAUGCGGGUCGAGCCGAUCAGGCCAUAGAUCACUUUGAGCGUGCAGGAUAUUCCUUGCCGCUCUACACCAACCCUCCUGACUUUAUGAUCGACACGUCGUCAGUCAACUUUCGAUCGCGCGAACAGGAAGCAGAUUCCAGGACCACCAUCGACACCCUGACCACGUUUUACCAGCAGGAGCGGGCAAAGAGAUUGCUCAAGGCGGCUGAAUCAGGAGCUACUGGUGGUACUGGUGCUGGUCACGGUAGUUCUGAGGAUACACUAGGCACAGAGAUCCCUCACCAUGCAGAGUUUAUCUCCGCCACCAGCAUUCUGACCCAACGCAUGUUCAAGAACGCGGUCCGCCAACGUGGAGCAUACUUGAACCGGAUCAUGGAGCCGUUUCUUAUCAGCUUUUUCGUUGUCUUAUUCUACUGGGGUCUUGAGGAUACCCCCGAUGGGCUCUUAAAUCGCCUCGGUCUUUUCCACCAGCUCAUGGGAGGCGCCUUGUCUGGCCUUAUCAUCCACCUCGAAGUCUUUCCCAAGGAGAGCGGAGUAGCAUUCAGGGAAAUGUCGAACGGAAGCUACAGCGCAUCGUCGUUUCUGCUCGCCUACAUGCUCAACGAGCUCCCAAUAACAAUCCUAAGCUCGAGUUUGACAACGCUAUGGAUCAUGGCCGUCACAAGGCUCAAGGCAACCGUGGCAAGUACAGCGGUCAUGAUGCUUGUCAGCUUUGCAUAUACCACUGCGGGCGAGAGUGUUGGCAUUGCUUACUCAUGCUACUUUGUCUCCAGUGCUGGACUUGGUGUCGCCCUCAUGAACUCUACCCUUGUCUGGCUAUCAUUCCUGGCAGGAUUCCUAAUCGUUAAACUAUCACCCAUCUUCCAAAUCGUCAACAACGUAUCCAUCUUUCGCUACGCAUCCAUAUCUAUGGCCCUCGAAGAGUUCCGCGGUCUCCAAGUAAACAUACCCGCCGCCACCACCUCAUCAUUAUCACAACAAUUUUCUAGCGGUGAUGCUGUCCUCUCGUACCUGGGAUGGGAUAGUCAGAAUUUGGGAUUCAAUCUAGGCAUGAUUGUAGUAUUGACGGUCGCCUAUCGAUUGGUGGCGUGGGUUGUCCUGACCACCAGAGUCCGCUCCUUACUCGCCUAG